AUGGUGACGGGAGGUUUCGAAAGCAGUGAAGAGUUUCACUAUCGCUGCAAGGAUGGCGGUGGCAGUGAUGGCGGUGGCAGUGAUGGCGGUGGCAGUGAUGGAGGUGGCAGUGAUGGCGGCAAUGUUAACGGUAGAAGUGAUGGCGGUGGCAGUGAUGGCGGCAAUGUUAACGGUAGAAGUGAUGGCGGUGGCAGUAAUAGUGGCGGCAGUGAUGGCGGUGGCAGCGUGGAUGACGUACUGGCGGCGCUAGUGGAGUUCUCUAGGGACCCAGAACUCUGGCACUUUGUCCACAGUGUUGUAGGUAAGUUGAUCUGUCUUCCGAAGCUUAAGUGUUUUGCAAGAAUAACAGCUAGUGAGACCUCUUAUGAUGGUCUUAGUCAUAGAGUGAGACCUCUUUAUGGUCUUAGUCAUAGAGUGAAGCCUUAUGAUGGUCUUAGUCAUAGAGUGAGACCUCUUAUGAUGGGCUUAGUCAUAGAUGAGACCUCUUAUGAUGGUCUUAGUCAUAGAGUGAGACCUCUUAGAUGGUCCUUAGUCAAGAGUGAGACCUCUUAUGAUGGUCUUAGUCAUAGAAGGCCUUCCGCUGGCUUACCGCUCCACCCAGUAAAAAUAAAUGAAUAUCACGUCAAGAGAUGUGAUGAUAAUCAAAACAAUACAUACAAGAAAUGGAUAAAUGGAAGUGAGUCGGCAAAAAGUGAUCGUGUUGACGACACAGGCGGCGGCACUGAGGAGGAUAUUGUUGGUGACAUAACGAACCCUCCGCUGCCCCUGGUGUCCCCACCCCACCAACAACCCUCCCAGAUGCCCUCUAACGAGCAGGAAAACCUGGUAGAGAGGAAGCAGCAGUCAGAGAAUUUUAACAGAUCUUCGGUUGGCUCAGUAUUAAGCCAUCGUGAUAAUAACAGCCUGAGAAACUCUUCCACACGACUUCCUCACUUCAUCUUCCACAAGGUUUACGUUGACACAACAUACAACCAACAUUCAAGACAGCCGUACCACCGCCCUGUGCUAGCAGUUAUGGCUGUUAGCAAUGAGAGAAACCCCGCAACGGCUGUUACCCAAGACAAGGGAAAUGAACUCCAAGACGCAAUGGAUAUUAUAACAUAUCAUGUAACUAGUGAUGGUAUGAAAGAACUUCCAGAUAAAUCUAGUAAAUUCACGGUGACUCGAAAAAAUUUAUCAGAAAUCUCCAGCGAAGACCUGAAUGCUGAUUAUACAUCUGGGCAGACUACUCCAACUGAUGCCAGAGAGUUCUGGAGAAAGAUGUCACCUAGGAAUCACAAACAUAAUCAAUUUGCACACAAGGCAAGAAAGCUACACACUUUUAAGAGUCAAAUUAAAUUUCUGCAGCGGUGGGAAGACAAACUAUGGAAGCGCUCUCAAGACAAGUCAACACUACAGCCACACAAGCUUUAACCCUCGACCGUACUUCUCCUUAGGACAGACGCCGUUACAAUAUAUGGCAGUACCUUGGUUCUUCCUCUGUGUCAUCUGUUAUAUGUUGCACUAUCUGGGCCUUCGUCUGAAUCAUAUGUUACUAGGUGGUACUCUCUUGGCACUCCAUCUGGGUCAUUUGCUACAGUAUGUGGCACUACCUUGGCCCUCCAUCUGGGCCAUUUAUGAUAUGUGACACUCUGUUAGCCUUUCAUCUGGCCUUCAUCCUUCAAUGUGGCACUACCUUGGUUCUUCAUCUGGGCCAUCCUUUUACAUGUGGCACUACCUUGGCCCUUCAUUACUAUCAUGUCAGGUUUUCCAGCUAACUCAUCAGUCUAUAACUCACGCUAGCCUGAUCCUUGAACCUUGAUCUGACUCUUUCAUCAUGAUCUGAUACUUCUUGAAAUAACACUUCUUGAAAUGACACUUCUUGACCAUACUCUUACGUCUUGACACUCACAUCUGGACCUGUCACUUAUAUCUUAACCUGGCACUUGCAUCUUAAAAUGACACAUCUUCACCUGACACUAACAUCUUAACCUGACACUUACAUAUGCGCCUGGCUCUCACAUAUUGACCUAACACUCACAACAUGACUCGAGACUUGCAGCUUAACCUGACACUUUCAUCUUGACUUGACACUUUCAGCUAAGUUGACUCUUAAAUCAUAUGACACUUAAAUCAUGACCUGACACUUACAUCUUAACUCACUCUACUCCAAGAACUUGAAGCACAACAUAUCCCGAACAGUUGAAUUCAUGCCAAAUAUACAUAUGAAGAAUAAUAUUUUAGAUUCCCUAAUCAUAAAAAUUAAAAUUAUUCUAACUUACAUAUACUUCAAGAAGU